AUGCAAGAAUUUGAUACCAUCCUGCGCAAUGCCCAUGUCAAUGGCUCCUUCGUUUGCGAUAUAGGCAUUAAAAGAGGGAUCAUCGUUGCCAUGGGUAUUGGCCUUGUUGCCACCGAAGACACGCAAACAAUUGACUGCAAUGGGGCCAUUGUGACUCCAGGUGGUGUUGAUGGCCAUGUCCACCUGUCUCAAGAUCGUUCGCCCAGAGCUAAGGAAGCAGGUUAUACUAGUGCCGAUACAGUCGACACUGGGACUCGGAGUGCCAUUGCUGGAGGCACAACAACAGUCAUCUUGUUUGCAGAGCAAUCUCGGGGUCAGUCUUUGAAAGAGCAAGUUGGAAAAUACCAUGAACUUGUCAAUGAACAAGGUUCAUAUGCCGACUACGGGUUCCAUGCCAUCAUCACCGACCCCACUGCAAAGGUGCUAGAACAAGAACUUCCAGAGCUUGCCCAGUCAGGUAUAAUGAGCAUGAAGCUAUUCCUCACAUACAAGCAUAUGAGGAUUUCGGAUCGCCAGGUACUCUCAGCUCUACAAAAGGCACGGGAGCUAGGAAUGGUGGCACUAGUACACGCAGAAAAUGGGGAUCUUGUGGAUUUUUUCACUGAGCAUUUAGAGGCCCAAGGGCUCACUGACCCAAGGUUCAAGGCAAUAGCGCAUCCUCCAGAGGCUGAGGCUGAAGCUGUCAAUCGUGCUAUUACAUUCUCUUCAGUCAUGGAUACGCCGAUGCUUAUCGUUCAUGUCUCUGUUCGACAAUCGAUGGAUGUUAUUCGCAAAGCCCAAUCACUAUUGAGGCCGGUAUUUGCGGAGACAUGUCCUCAGUAUCUUCUACUGGGGAAGGAGAAUCUUGACAGGGAUCACUUCUGUGGUGCAAAAUUCGUCUGCUCACCACCUUUGCGCAGUGACCCAAAGGACAUUGAGGAAAUAUGGAGAGGAAUUAUUAACGGCACAUUUACCAUAUUUUCAUCGGACCACUGCCCAUAUCGGUUUCACGACAGCAGGGGGAAGAAGUUAGGUCAUUCAUAUAGUAAAAAUGGUGAGGUUCAAGGAGUCUUUACUAAAAUACCAAACGGCCUUCCUGGAGUCGAAACUCGGUUGCCCUUACUCUUCUCCGAAGGUGUCCUCAAGCGUCAGUGCAUUGAUGUGAAGAGAUUUGUCGAACUCACGUCUGAAAACCCAGCGAAAUUGUAUGGUCUCUAUCCGCGCAAGGGUGCCAUACAAAUUGGAUCAGACGCCGAUAUUGUCAUUUGGCACACACAAGAUACGUUCCCACCUAGAAAGUUGGUACACAGUCUACACCUGCAUGAUGGCUGUGACUACUCGCCAUAUGAGGGCAUUGAGUUUUUGAACUGGCCUCGUAUUGUUCUCGUACGGGGCAAGGUGGUCUUUCAGGAUGGUUAUAUAACAGGCACCAAGGACUAUGGCCAAUUCUUGAAAAGGAAAACAUGCGCUCUCCCAUAUCAACGGCGAAUGGAAAAGGAAUGGGAUGUGCUGCGUGCUUCUAUGUAA